AAGUAAGAACUAGGCAUAUGCUCCAUUGACUUACUAACCUCUUAAAUUUGUCUGCAACUGGAUUCCACUUUCCAGUUGAAAUUUCGUGUUUUCCUUCAUUCCUCUGUGCUUACUAUGGCUAGUUUCCCAUCUUCUGUGAGCUGUGAAGAGCCAAUUUAGUUGCAAAAGCUUUUUUCCAUUUAAUUUCACUGGUAAAGAGGUUAGUAGGAAAAAGAAGUUUUCCUUGCUCCAAGAAAAUGGUGGGGGAUAACAGUUUGGAUGGGGAUAUUGCGAGUCUUCAACUAGAUGUAGAUCAUGAUAACAAGCAAGAUUCAGAGACUAGCAAGGCCAAAGAUGAAACUAUCAACUCUGUACCCUUACACAAGCUUUUCUCAUUUGCGGAUUCUUUGGAUCAUUUAUUGAUGUUUGUGGGGACUGUGGGUGCUAUUGGCAGUGGAGUCACCAUGCCCUUGAUGAUUUUUAUACUUGGAGACAUGAUCGAUGCAUUUGGAGGAUCUAAAAACACCAAAGAACUCGUUGAUGAUGUUUCCAAGGUAUCUCUGAAAUUUGUAUACUUGGCUGUUGGUGCAUUUAUUGAAGGACUUUUGCAAUUGUCUUGCUGGAUGAUUACUGGUGAGAGACAGGCUGCAAGAAUUAGAGGCUUGUACCUUCAAAAUAUUCUGAGGCAAGAUGUGAGCUUCUUUGAUAAGGAAACUAAUACUGGAGAGGUUGUUGGAAGGAUGUCCGGUGAUACAGUUCUUAUUCAAGAUGCCAUGGGUGAGAAGGUCGGACAAUUUAUUCAGUUUGUGGCAACUUUCAUUGGAGGGUUUAUCAUAGCAUUCACUAAGGGGUGGCUUCUAACCGUUAUCAUGCUAUCAAUUAUUCCACUUCUUAUCUUGGCUGGUGCUACGUCAAGCAUGGCUAUUACAAAAGCAUCAUCCAAGGGACAAACAGCUUAUUCUAAAGCAGCAAGUGUAGUGGAGCAAACCAUAGGUUCUAUCCGAACUGUUGCAUCAUUCACUGGGGAGAAGCACUCUAUAGCAAAAUAUAAUGAGUCCUUAAACAUAGCUUACAAGACUGGCGUGCAAGAAGCGAUAGCUUCUGGUUGGGGGUUUAGUAUACUCUUUUUUCUCUUUAUCGCCAGUUACGGUUUGGCUGUAUGGGUUGGUGGGAAACUGGUAAUAGAUAAAGGAUAUACUGGAGGGACUGUUGUCACUGUAAUUUUUUCUGUAUUGAUGGGCUCCACCUCUCUUGGGCAGGCAUCUCCAAGCUUGAGUGCUUUUGCUGCUGGAAAAGCUGCAGCUUAUAAGCUCUUUGAGACAAUUAAUAGGAAACCAGAAAUUGAUGCUGAUGAUGCUACUGGUCUGCAGCCUGAAGACAUUCGUGGGGAUAUAGAACUCAGGGAGGUUUGUUUUAGUUAUCCUACAAGACCAGAUGAACUGAUAUUCAAUGGAUUUUCUCUUUCAAUACCAAGUGGUACUACUGCAGCUCUAGUAGGGCAAAGUGGGAGUGGAAAAUCCACAGUUGUUAGCUUGUUAGAGAGAUUCUAUGAUCCGCAGGCCGGUGAAGUUCUCAUUGACCGUAUCAACCUUAAAGAAUUUAAGCUGAAAUGGAUCAGACAGAAGAUAGGCCUAGUAAGCCAGGAGCCGGCUCUCUUUACUUGUAGUAUUAAAGAGAAUAUUGCCUAUGGCAAGGAUGGUUCAACUGAUGAAGAAAUAAGAGCUGCAGCAGAACUUGCUAAUGCUGCCAAAUUUAUAGAUAAACUUCCUCAGGGACUAGACACAAUGGUUGGUGAGCAUGGAAUUCAGCUCUCUGGGGGUCAAAAGCAGAGAGUUGCAAUAGCUAGAGCAAUUCUGAAAGACCCUAGAAUCCUACUUCUUGAUGAAGCUACAAGUGCCCUUGAUGCUGAAUCUGAGAGAAUUGUACAAGAGGCUUUGGACAGAAUAAUGAUAAACCGAACAACUGUCAUUGUAGCCCACCGCUUAAGCACUAUAAAGAACGCGGAUACCAUUGCUGUUAUUCAUCAAGGAAGGAUAGUUGAAAGAGGUUCACAUGCUGAGCUCACCAAGGAUCCUGAUGGAGCCUAUAGCCAGCUCAUUAGACUGCAAGAAAUAAAGGGAUCAGAACAAAAUGUUGCAAAUGACACAGAAAAGCCAGAAAGUAUAGUUCACUCUGGAAGAAUAUCAAGUCAAAGAUCCCUUUCCAUACGUUCUAUAAGCCAGGAGUCAUUUGGAGUUGGAAACAGCGGUCGUCUGUCAUUGUCAGCAUCAUUUGGUGUGCCCACAAAAGUUGGCAUCUCGGAACUUGCAGAUGGAGGAUCUCAAGCUCUUCCGUCAUCAGUUUCUUCACCACCAGGAGUUCCUCUUUGCCGCCUGGCUUCUUUAAAUAAGCCUGAGAUUCCGGUCUUACUGCUAGGGACUAUUGCUGCAUUUAUACAAGGAGUAACAAUGCCUAUUUUUGGGCUCUUGCUUUCCAAAAUGAUAACUAUUUUCUAUGAGCCACCUCAUGAACUUCGUAAAGAUUCAAAAGUUUGGGCACUGGUGUUUCUCGGGCUUGGUGUGGCAUCAUUAAUAGCUGUUCCAAGUAAGUUCUACUUUUUUGGUGUUGCUGGUGGUAAGUUGAUCAAAAGGAUCCGAAAAAUGUGUUUUGAGAAAGCUGUUCACAUGGAAAUAAGUUGGUUUGAUGAAGCUGAGCAUUCAAGCGGUGCAAUUGGAGCAAGGCUCUCUACUGAUGCAGCUUCUGUUCGAGGCUUGGUUGGGGAUGCACUUGGUUUGCUGGUUGAAAAUAUUUCUGCUGCAAUAGCGGGCUUGGUAAUUGCUUUUCAAGCCAGCUGGCAACUUGCGCUUAUAGUCCUUGCUCUGGCACCUCUAUUAGGACUGAAUGGAUAUGCGCACGCUAAGUUCUUGAAAGGAUUCGCCGGUGAUGCUAAGAAAUUGUACGAGGAUGCGAGUCAAGUGGCAAAUGAUGCUGUAGGGAGUAUAAGAACAGUUGCUUCUUUCUGUGCUGAGGAGAAGGUGAUGGCAUUAUAUCAGGAAAAAUGUGAGGGGCCAAUUCAGACAGGCAUAAGGCGGGGGAUAUUAAGUGGAGUAGCUUAUGGGGUAUCUUUCUUCUUGCUAUUUGCAGUUUACGCAUGCAGCUUUUAUGCUGGAGCCCGACUUGUAGAGGACGGCAAAUCAACAUUCUCCGAUGUUUUCCGUGUCUUUUUUGCUCUCAGCAUGGCAACUCUGGGAAUCUCUCAAUCUGGGUCCUUGGUCCCUGAUUCAGCUAAUGCAAAAAGUGCUGCUGCUUCUGUAUUUGCGAUCCUUGAUCGGAAGUCACAAAUAGACUCCAGUGAUGAGUCUGGAAUAACAUUAGAAGAAGUCAAGGGAGAAAUUGUUUUUAACCAUGUCAGUUUCAAGUAUCCUACCAGACCUGAUGUACAAAUAUUCAGAGAUCUUUGCUUGACCAUUCACAGUGGCAAGACAGUUGCACUGGUGGGGGAAAGUGGAAGUGGAAAAUCAACAGUGAUCUCACUACUACAAAGAUUUUAUGACCUGGAUUCAGGUAGCAUUACACUGGAUGGAAACGAAAUCCAAACGCUGCAAGUGAAGUGGCUAAGGCAACAGAUGGGCAUGGUAAGCCAAGAGCCAGUGCUGUUUAAUGAAACCAUCAGAGCCAAUAUUGCAUAUGGAAAAGGAGGAAAUGCAACAGAGGCAGAAAUCAUAGCUGCAGCAGAACUGGCAAAUGCCCACAAUUUCAUUAGUAGUUUGCAGAAGGGCUAUGACACAAUAGUAGGUGAGAGAGGAAUUCAACUAUCUGGGGGACAGAAGCAGCGGGUGGCAAUUGCACGAGCUAUAGUGAAGAAUCCAAAGAUAUUAUUACUAGAUGAAGCCACAAGUGCACUUGAUGCCGAGUCUGAAAAAGUGGUUCAGGAUGCACUUGACCGUGUUAUGGUGGAGCGAACCACAAUAGUUGUGGCUCACAGGUUAUCCACUAUUAAGGGUGCAGAUUUAAUUGCAGUGGUUAAGAAUGGGGUCAUAGCAGAGAAAGGAAAGCAUGAAACAUUACUCCAAAAGGGUGGUCACUAUGCUUCUUUAGUAGCAUUGCACACAAGUGCUUCUUCAAAUUAGACCCCUUUCAAUGAUUAGUUAAAUUUAAAUGCCACUCUCUGGCUUACUCUCUCAAGGUUUUAGUUACAUGUAAUAAGUAGUGGUUUUCUUGAAGAUGUUAGCUGUAACUGGUAAUCACCGGAUUGGUGAGACAACAGAGACAAUGCUAAAGUGGUUGGAAUUGGAGAGAUGAUAGUAAAAGAAAAGAGUAAAUGUGAGGAGACAUGAUGAUUAUAAAAUAUUUUAGUGUGAAAAAUUUAUAUUUUAAAGUA